GAUUGGCUUGAGCUCGAGCCUAUUGCCGCAGAGGUUUGGCAAAAUGGCGGCAAGUUGGUGACGUUCAGGUGGUUCCAGGAAGUCACGGAGGGAGGCCUUUGCGCACAGGACCCACAGGAGUGCACGAGGCAUAUCAAGGGCAGAGGGGAUCCCAUCUACGUGCGAGAGUGGCCUUCGACGUCCUCGGACUUGUAUGCCCACGCGAUGGCGCUGCUUAUGCUUAUGCAGCAUCGCAUGGUAUUGCGCCUGCACAUUCGCGAACAGGUCGGCCGGGAUUUCCACCGGAGAGUGACAUCAGAGUGGGCCGGGGUAGAACUUGACCGAUGA